GACACAUCAUCGCUAGCUGGUAGCUUCUGGCAAGUACUGGAAGUCAUUUGCAUGGUGUCUAAUGAUAAGAAACAGCUGCGUACACUGGAUAAGUUGAACGGAUAGUGUGACUUUUUAAGGAAAACGCCAUGGAAGAACAGCCCGCGGACAUAGAGGUGACCGUCAAAACACUAGACUCUCAGAGCAGAACCUACACCGUCAGUCCUCGGAUGACAGUUGCAGACUUCAAGAAGCACAUCGCCCCGUCGGUGGGUAUUCCUGUGGAUAAACAGAGGCUGAUCUACCAGGGCAGAGUGCUGCGGCACGACCUGACCCUGACAGACUAUGAUGUCGGUGGAAAUGUGAUUCACCUGGUGGAGCGGGCGCCUCCUCCACCGUCCCCACCCGGCUCACAGUCUGGGGGCACCUCCGCCGACAGCGGGCCGUCCUCAUCCUCCCAGGGAACGUCACAAGUGCCUCCACACGACCGCAACGCUAACAGCUACGUGAUGCUCGGCACAUUCAACCUCCCUGUCAACAUCAUGGACCCCCAGCAGAUACAGAUGUCAGUCCAGCAGAUGGCCUGGGAUGGGAUGGGAGAGAAUGCCAGAAAUGCUCGAGUCACAACCAGCACCGGGAGCAACGGGUCAGUGAAUGUGCACAUCGAUAUGGACCAACCGGUGCAGAGCGAGCCGAGGCUGAGACUGGUGCUGGCUGAGAACCUGCUGAGGGACAUCAAUGAUGUCAUCCAGAGGAUGGAGGGUCGGACCAGCGACUCAUCCUCACAAACUGAGACAACUUCUGCUGCUGCUGCUGCUGCUGCUGCUGCUGCCGCCGCCGCCUCCUCCUCUUCCUCCUCCUCCUCCUCCUCCGCUCCUCCUCCUCCCUCAUCUUCAUCCACCACCUCCACUCCCUCCCCCUCUGCCCAGCCCAUGGACACCUCCCCACCUGCGUCUACUCCCCCGCCUCCAUCCUCCUCCUCAGCUCAAUCUGAGGGACCAACACCGCAACCUGGACCCAAUCAUCCCAGCCCGGCCGAGCUGGCAGAGAUGCUGACUGAGCUGCGUAGGGUGGAGGAGAGACUGCAGCCAUUCAUCCAGAGAGCUCACACCAUCCUGGAGACAGCCACCAGCGCACAAUACAACAACAACACAGAGAGAGAGGACGACCAGCGAACUCUGGCCAUGACCUGGGAGUGUCUCCGUCUCCUGGGUAACGCCCUGGUGGCCCUCAGCGACCUCCGGUUGAACCUCUUGAGUCCCGUUCCCCGCCACCUCCACGUGGUCCGGCCGUUUUCCCACUACGCCAGCCCAGUCACACUUCCUGGAGCUGUGCACCACCACAUUCCGGUGCAGAUGAACCUGGGGGCCACAGUGACUGUUGCGGCCAACAGCACUGAGGGACAAGCCACGCCCACCCAGUCGGCCAGCCAGUCGGAGCAGGCAGGUCAGGGACAGACCUCCCCCCCACAGAGUACCCCGUCCAAUCAGCAGGCUGGACAGGGACAGACCGGCCACCGGGUCAUCAGGAUCAGCCACCAGGCUGUCCCGGUGGUCAUGAUGCAGAUGAACGCGGACGGCGCGGGUCCGAACCCUGCAGCAGCUGGAGGACCACAAAUGCCUGGACAACCAGGUGCCCUCCCCCCUGACUUCAUGAGGAACCUCAUGCAACAGAUCAGCCAGUACGCUGCCGCCGUAGCCACCAGCGCCGCCACCGCUGCCGCCACGGGCCACCCAGCGCCCCCCCAGCCCACCCCUCCAGGCUACAGCUCCACAGCCAACUCCUCCACCACCACCACCGGUCCCAACACACCCACCACCACCCCCACCGCUCCACCUCCACCUCCCCACGCCGGACCUCAGCCACAGGCCAGGGUCGUGUUUACCCGGCCGCCGUUUGCGCCCAACAUGCCGCCUCCGGCCUUCGGGACGCGGGGAACCACCAUCAACGUGAGGGCGGCCAUGCCGGGCCAGCAGCCAGGACAGGCUUUCAACCCUGCUGCUCUGAACCAGAUGAUCAGUGGACUCGUGGGGCAGCUCUUAGUGCCAGGACAGAUGGCUGGUCAAACAGCCACAUCCACUUCCUCCUCCUCCUCCUCUCAAACCUCCUCUUCCUCCUCCUCCUCCUCCUUUUCUUUCUCCACCUCGGGUCCAACGCCUCCUCCUCCCACCGCCUCCUCCACCGCUGCCCCGAGCCAAACUGAGGCCACGGCCGGUGAGCCCCAGCCCCAGGAGAUGCCGGACCUGGGCCAGCUCCUGGGCUCUCUCCUGGGGGUGGCCGGUGGAGCAGGCGGAGGCCCCGCGGCCCCCUCCAUCACCGUCACCACAUCCGGCGUCCCGGCCUUCAUCCAGGGAGUGAGUGAAUUCAUGCAGGCCUCCCAGCCCAUCUUUUCUCCACCCCCACCUCCUCCUUCUGGUCCCGGUUCUGCUCCGGCCCCGGCUCCCGGUUCGGGACCCGGCCCGACGCCCAACCCCACGGCCGCAGCAGCCGAAGCCCUCAACCCGGAGCUGUUCACGGGCAUCGUCCGCGGCGUCCUCAGCACCAUGAUGGGUUCUCUGGGCCAAGCUCAGAACGACACGGAGAGCAUCGCCCAGUUCAUGCAGAGACUGUCGCAGGCCACCAACAUCUUCAUCAGUCCAGAGGAUCCUACAGGGUUCUUCGGAGAGCUGCUGAUGCUGGUGUGCCAGACGUUCACCAUGUCAGACCUGGUGAUGCUGCUUCACGGCCAGCACCAGCCUCUGGGCCGCAUCCAGCCCCAGCUGUCCCAGUUCUUCACCCAGAACUACCUCAACGGCCGAGAGCCCACGGAUCAGAACAUCGCUGCGGCUGCUGACAGUCUCGUCAAUGAACUAGAGGAGUACAUCACCGAGAGCUUCAGAGAGUCGUCCGUCACGGUGCUGGAGGGCGUCGACGUCACCCAGACCAACAUGUCUUUCUUCAGACAGCAGCUGACUCAGAUCGCCACACACAUCCUGCGCUGCACCGAUGAGACUUUCGGCCCCCGACUGCUGCAGAUGUGCAACCAGGCGCUGUUUGAGUGUCUCGCCCUCAACCUGUACUGUCUGAGAGGAGACCAGAGAGCCCUGACUGCAGUCAUCAACCACCGAAUACGGAGGAUGUCGAGCGACAUCAGCCCCAGUCUGGUCAACUGGAUGACCAGCAUGAUGACGAUGCGUCUGCAGGUCAUCCUGGAGCACAUCCCCAUCUCACAGGAGCAGAUCCAGAACUACAUCGUCCACACGCAGAGAGAUCAGUCUUCAACGGCUGGCGCACAAGAGCCUGAACGGGCGCAAAGUGCGACGGUAAGCAUGGUCGGCGACACCCACUCGCCGGCUGCAGCCACCACGGCGGAGGAGGUCAUGUCGGCGUCACGCGACACGAGGGCGCCGUCACGGGAGCCGAGGGUGUUGCCUGGAGACCUGGGGGCCUCGGGCGGAGCUGCACCGUUAGGUGGCGACAUGGCGGCAGCGGGAGCCGAGGGAGGGAGCGAGGAGGCUGCCGGGGAGUCGGAGGCCUGGGCUGCUGCUGUUCCCCCUGAGUGGGUUCCCAUCAUCAGGUGCGACAUGAUGACCCAGAGGAAGAUGAAGGCUCAGCCUCCGCUGUCUGACGCCUACCUGCACGGCAUGCCAGCAAAACGCAGGAAGACUGGACAGGGCGCCGCCAGCCUCCUGUCUCUGUCUGACGCAGUGAGUCAAGCAGCCAGGACGGCGGGAGUGAAGCCAGUCACCUCGGCCGAGCGGCUACAAGACGACCUGGACACGGACGAGCUGAAGGAAGCUUACGCGGAGCAGGUUAAAGCCGACAUCAAGAAGCGAGUGAGGGAAGAUCCCGACUUCAACUCUCAGCAGUUCCCCAACGCACACAGAGCUUUCUCCUCAGACUCAUAAACCCCCCCGACCCCUCCGUCCCCCCCCAGCUCUGCAGCCGUGUCCUCCUUUCAUCUGCUUCCACUGCCCUGCCCCCCCCCCACACUGUCCAGCGACCUCUUUUUAAACAGCUUUCUCCACUAACUGCCUGAUGUUAAUGUUCACUACUCCUCCUCUCCGGUGCCUAUUUAUUGCUUUCUGUUUGUUUUGGAUAUUCUGAGAGAAUGUUCCUUAUUAAAAAAAACAAAUAUGACACCAAAUUUGGAUUUAGACUUAACGAGGCCACUUUAAUUCAGUCUGAUGUGUGUGUGUGUGUGUGUGUGUGUGUGUGUAUUUGUAUCUUCCACAUUCUUAUGCUUGUGUCGCUUUUGUUAAUAUGAAACCUGAGUCCUAAACAUCAUCUUCAUCUUCAUCAUUAUUAUUAUUAUUAUUAUUCAACAGACUUCUGCCUUCCUCUCAGUACGCUCGAGCACAAGAGAAGACUUUCAUGUGAUGCUGUUUGGUACAUGAAUGUACAGUAAGCUUAAUAAAAACCUUGAUUAAAACACACGAGCACAAUCCUUUCAGGUCGUAUCAGUAGCUUUGUGCACUUAUGUCACUGUCCUGUGUACAAAUACUAUGAAUUAAAACUAAUCAAAUCACAUAUACGAUCAGUGGCCACUUUAUUAGGUACACAAGUGUGUGCAUUCUAAUCUAAUCUAAUCUAAUCUUAUCUAAUCUAAUCUAAAUAACAGCAACACUUACAUCCUCCAGAAAAGUUGAAUUAACGCCUCUGAAUCAACUAAACAGUAGAAUAAGUCGUGAAGGAGGAUUUACUGCAGGGUUAGAAAUCAUUAUAUAGUGUAUCUAAUAAUUUGGCAUGUAUCUUAAGUUAAAAGUCCCUGCAACAACCCCAAAUGAUUGUUAUACUGCAUUAAUUUGACUAUUUACUAGUACAUUUAGGGCUGCAGCUCAGCUAAUUGGUUUGUAAAACUUAAGAAAUGACAGAGAACUGUGACUUUUUUUUUUAUAUAAUUGUUUGUUUAUUUUUUAAAAAAGGAUUAACAAAUAUUUGCCAAUUAAUUUUUCAGUCUAUGUAAUAAAAUAUAUUGUGUAAAAUGUCAGCCAAGCAACUAUGGAGGGUUGGAGCGGAGAGAAGCAAAUUAAUAAUAAAAAUAAUUAUCAUAAAUAUCUUCGUGGCUGUUUGAUUUUAUGUCACGAUAUAUAUAUAUCAAUAUCAAAUGUUUUUAUUUUAUUUCUUUGGAAAGUUUCACACGUGUAAUCAAAUCUAAAUCCACUGGAAACCGGAAGUACGGCGUCGCCAUGGUAACGGAGUCGCACAAAAGUCUGCAACUUGAACUCAUGUUUAUGUUUGUACACAUUUUUGAAAAAUAAAGUACGCCGAUUGAAGUGCUA